AUGUUUCAUCCAGGUGCACUCGGUGAUAAGAAAGACGACGAUGGCGGUUCCGGAGCUCGUGAAAUCGACCCCGAGGUUGAAGCUGCUCGUCGAGAGGCCGAGGAACGUCGAGAGGCAAAGCAUCAACGUAUGGAGGAAGAGCGUGAGGUGAUGCGUCAGGGUAUUCGAGACAAAUAUGGCAUCAAAAAGAAGGAAGAGGAGAAUGUGACUGAAUUUGAUUUCUCCAGUCCGGAAGGUCGAUUGGGGCGAAAACGUAAGACGGCAGCGGAAAUAGCUGCAGAAGCAGCGGCGGCCGAAGAGGCGGAGAACUCUCUGACAAACAUGCUCCCCGAAAACAUGCGUGAAAUGGCCAACAAGGUGACUGAGGUCCCGGGAAAACUGAUCUCCGAGGCGUCGGAAAAGUGCACGGCGAUGUGA